GCGCGAGACGCAUACACGCACGCGCUCGCUCUAACUUUUUCCUGCCAUGAGCUCGGAGUGCGCGUGAGGCGGAAGGUCCGAGCGCUUCGUCUUCAGAGCAGAGCGGCUUUGGAGUUUGUCCCUUUUACUACAAGUGGAGCCAUGCGGCGCGCGCUGGCGUGCGUGUGCGCGUGGUGCUGCGUGCUGAUCCUCAGCCACGGAUACAACCUGGACACGCGCAGCCCUGAGAGCUUCAGAGGUCAGAACGGGUCCAUGUUCGGGUACUCGGUUCUACUGCACAGGCACCAGCAGAACCCGUGGUUACUUGUCGGAGCCCCAACUGAUGACUCUAGUUUCAACGCCAGCAUCAAAAAACCAGGAGCUGUUUACAAGUGUAACAUUUCAAACAAGAAGUGCGAGCAGCUCCGAACUGGUGUGGAGCACUGUGGGAAAACCUGCUGGCCUGAGAGCGAUAACCAGUGGCUGGGCGUCAGUCUGUCCAGACGACCCUCCAACGGUGACAUCCUGGCCUGUGGUCAUCGCUGGAAGAACGUCUUCUUCUCCAGAAAAGACAAUCAAAACAAGCUGCCGCAUGGCGUGUGCUUCAAAUUCAACUCCGAUUUCAGCCGGACGAACAACUACAUCCCCUGCUAUAGAGAUCAUCAGAGGAAGUUUGGUGAAAAUUAUGGAUCCUGCCAGGCUGGAAUUUCAAAUUUCCUCACUGAGGACCUGAUGAUAAUGGGGGCUCCGGGUAGUUGGUACUGGACGGGAUCUGUGCUGGUCCACAACAUGUCCAGCAACAUGCUUGCUGCGUAUGUGGAUGAAGAUAAUACAGUGCAGUUUGGGAGCUAUCUUGGGUACUCUGUAGGCGCUGGUCACUUCCUUCACCCACAGACCACAGAGAUAAUCGGGGGUGCACCCCAGAAUGGCCGGAUUGGUAAAGCUUACAUAUUUGAAGUUGAAGGAAACAAAUUGAGGAUUGUUAAUGAGACCAGUGGUGCUCAGCUUGGAUCUUACUAUGGUGCGAGUAUAUGUGCGGUUGACCUGAACGCUGAUGGCCUUUCUGACCUGCUGGUUGGGGCUCCCAUGUACAGUACAGUGAGAGAGGAGGGCCGCGUGUACGUUUACAUCAACCAGGGCCGGGCAAACAUGAAGGAGGCAGAAUUCAAGCUGGUUGGAAGUGAGUCGUACGCAGCUCGAUUUGGAGAGACCAUCACUGACCUCGGCGACAUCGACAAUGAUGGCUAUCCAGACGUUGCCAUCGGAGCGCCUCAGGAGGACGACCUGCGAGGGGCUAUUUAUAUCUACAAUGGGAGGAAGAGUGGCAUAGCAUCAAGGUUCUCUCAGAGGAUCACAGGUUCCAUGUUAGGCGGCAGCUUCAGCAUGUUCGGCCAGUCCGUGUCCGGAGGAGUGGAUGUUGAUGGCAAUGGUUACCCAGACGUGGCAGUGGGAGCUUUUCUCUCCGAUUCUGCAGUGGUGCUCCGGACUCGUCCAGUGGUGAUGGUGGAAGCGUCCAUGAUGCUGCCGGUCAGCGUGAACCGAUCUGUUGCUUCGUGCGCUGAGAAUGGCCUUCCUGCCGUCUGUGUGAAUGUCACCGUGUGCUUUAAGGUCCAAGGCAAGCGCAUACCUGGACAAAUAGAGCUGAAGUAUAACCUCACUGCUGACGUCCAACACAAGGAGACUUUCCCACCUCGCUUCUAUUUCCAUGGAAAUGGGACGUCCAACGUUACGGCAGGUCGUGUGAAGGCCAAGCAUGGAGAACUGACCUGCAGCCAGCAUCAGGCCUUCAUGAGGAAAGAUGUUCGCGAUAUCUUCACGUCCAUCCAUUUCAAGGUGCAGUACGAGCUCGGAGAGCACAGUGUGGUCCGGGGGGGCUCCAAGAGCUUCACCUCACUCAAACCCAUCCUGCAGCAGAGAGAGGGACACACUAACCUCGUCAGCAACCAGACACAGUUUGCCAGAUACUGCGUCUGGGAAAACUGCUCAACCAACCUUCAGAUUUCCGCCCGUCUGGUCCUGCCGCAAUCUUACAACAACGUGCCGUAUUUUGCUCUUGGAAACGGGAAGACCAUCAUGCUGAAUGCUACACUGGUCAACGCAGGAGACGACGCAUUUCUGCCUAAACUGCACGUCCGAUUCCCCAGCAGCCUGCACUUCAUCAGAGUGCUGGACGCUGAGGAGAAAUAUGUAAGCUGUGAAAUUGCUGAGGACAAUAAAACAGCCAUCGGUCUGGACUGCAGUGUGGGCAACUUGUACAUCCCCUCCCUGUCCAAGCUUAACAUCAGCUUCCUAAUGGACGUGAAUCAGAACAGCAGCGCAGGCGAUAUUGGCAUUAGCAUCAAUGCUACAAGAGAGAACUAUGAGAACACGGACCUUUUACACGACAACCUGGCCUCUCUGACGCUGCCGCUGAGAUACGGAGUGGGCCUGAAUGUACACGGAUUUGUGUCUCCGACGACGUUCAUAUUUGGAAACCCCGAGCUGGAGCCGGUCGACUGCUACAGUGAGAAGUUUAACUACACGUUUAAGGUAAUGAACGUCGGUCCCAGUAAAGCUCUGGACACAAGAGUAAAGAUCCAGAUUCCUCAGGUUUUAUCGCCGUACCCGGACAGGCUAAUCCGAAUUACCGAUUUACAGACCACUGUAGGUCAGUGUCAUUUGAAGAACAGCAGUCUGUGGCUGGAGAACGACUGUGAUGUGAAGAAGGCAUCGUUUAUUCAGGAGCUCGUGUUCUUCUUAUCAAAAAGCAGCAAGCGCAUCAUGUUUUGCGCUGAAGCGGAUAAAUCCUGCAUGAACCUGGAGUGCAGAUUCGGAAACCUAGACAUCGGCAAAGAGGUCACCAUCAACCUGGAAGUUGAGCUCAACCCUGCGGUUCUUCAGAUCAGCCCUGGAAGACAUGCUAUAAUGCAGAUGUACAGUGUCAUCGAGGUCACAUCACCAGUCAGAGACGCUAACACCAUCCUGAUAAAGGACGACAACGUUGCUCUGGUGACCCUGGAAGCGUACUACAGCCAGAAGCCACACCCACUUGUAGGCAACGCCAUCAUCGUGUUCAGUCUGCUUCUCGGCCUGAUUAUUCUGGCUAUGCUCGUCGUCUGCCUCUGGAAGGCUGGUUUCUUCAAGCGGCGGAUAAAAGAAGAGCAGGAUAAGUUUCGGCGACAAAGCUGGGACUACGUCCCCAAGUAUGAAAGCGUGUCGUAAAUCAGUGGGACCUUACUUUUCUCCGCAGCUUCCACACAGAGCCCAGAAAAAGAGCGAGAGAUGUGAACUUUAAAGGACAAAAAAA